AUGGCUGUCAUUUCCUCCAGGACUUACGGAGUCAAGCUCGUCGACAUCACCAACGACAAAAAGUCACUCAACGAUGAGAACGUCGCAAAAUUCGAGAUUCUCAUCAAGAGUGGCGACGACGCACCUUUGAGCAGUACUUCUACAACCAAGCCUGUCUCCAAAUCAAAAUCUCCAGAAGUGCUUCCUGUAGCUCCUGCUCCUGCUCCUGCUCCUGUCCAUACACCGGAUCUUUCAACAUCAACCGAAACUUUGCCAAGAAAGAUUCUGCGCAUCAUCCAGAGCUACGGACAGAACGAGCCCGAUCCCACAGGUAGUCCGUGGCUCGGAAUGGUCAAGUUUGACCCGAUUGUACAGAAGCACGUCGCGGAUUGUGAACCAAUUAAAAUGGUACUCCCUGCUUUCCCAUGGAAGAGCGUGAACAAAGUCGACAAGGUCCUCGGCAGGUUGCCAGACUUUGGGGAGGAACUCGCCUUAGCCCGACUCAACCAACUAUGCAAUGAUAUUGGUGAGAUCUACGAGUAUGGCGCUGAGGUAACUAUUACCUCAGAUGGGCUUGUGUAUAGUGAUCUUGUAGGAAUUGAAGACGAAGAGGUCUUCGAGUAUGGAGCUGCUCUUCGAGAAAUGGCCGUGCAAAAGCGGUUCACGAAUAUUAAAUUCACCCGCAUAAUGGAUCUCCUUGGACUGAACGACAAAGCUACGGUCUCGAAAAGCGAGUAUCUUAGCUUGACAGCUGAAUGCCGAAAGCAGCUCAUGGAGCGAUACUUGCCAGCAGGAUUUGAUGCCCGGGAGGAGUUGCUUCAAAAUCAGGAUGCCAAUACGACAUAUUGCGGCUAUAUAAUUUUCUUGACGAAGGAUUUACAACAAAACCCAAAGCUCUGGGCUGAUAAUACUAGCAACGAAGUGAAGAGGACUGUGAGCAACCAAGAGUACAGGCGCAGAGUGAAACGUGUAGCACUUGACAUGAUUACAAGAGGCAAGGAAGACUCUUUCUCCAAGACUCCAUGGCAUACAUGUGUUCUCGUAACGGCAUCUGGACAGUUCCGCACUGAACAUGCGAUGGAUCUUCGAGAGAAGCAUGAACUUGUUCACAAAAAUGGGCGCCCUUACUUCUUCCGAGAGAAGUCUGCCAUGUGGGAUUGGAAGGAUACUACGUUUGAGUACUUCUAUCCAAAGGGAUUGAUUAUUCAGGCGGAGGGGUGUAGUGGUGAUGCUCGUGUCUUAUCUGCCAUAGAGGAGAAGCACUUGGAGAGUUUGAGCAAAGUAUUCUCUCCUGUCAUUGUUAAGGGAUUUGCAUAG